AUGAUCAAUGGGUUUCUUUCAAGUUACACCAGUUGGAUUUUUCAUGGAGAGAAUUUGUCGUCGCUUGUGCCAUAUAAUGUGAAUGUCGGGCAAACUGAUUCGAACGAUGGUGAUGACACUUAUGAAAUGCUAUACGAAGGAUUUGGACUUCCUCUACCAAGCUUUAUUCACGAGGUAGCAAGUUUUGCUAUGAAAGAAGGUCCAGAUGAGAAAACCGAAAAAUUCUUCAAUUUAUUGAAAGAGGCCGAAAGAGAGUUGUAUCCGGAGUGUCAGAAGUUUUCAACGCUCUCAUUUAUUGUUCGGUUAUUGCACAUCAAGUGCCUUAGUGGAUGGAGUGACAAGUCUUUCACGAUGUUGCUUGAGCUUUUGAAGGAUUCGUUCCCAAAGGGUGAAACUUUGCCAAAGUCAUUUUAUGCAACUAGGAAACUUCUUAGGGACUUGGGCCUCGAUUAUCAUAAGUUUGCGAGUGAGCCACGCAAUGUCAGACUGGGUUUAGCAGCGGAUGGAUUCAAUCCAUUCAAGGCAAUGAAUGUCUCUCACAGAAGUUGGCCAGUUAUUAUAAUGCCAUACAAUUUGCCACCAUGGUUGUGCAUGAAGCAGCCUCAUAUGAUGAUGACAUUGCUCAUCGAUGGUCCUUCUUCACCUGGAAAUAAUAUUGACGUCUACUUAAGCCUUGUAGUAGAUGAAUUGAAAGAACUGUGGGAAAACGGUGUUGACACGUAUGAUGCAGAAACUAAUCAGAUAUUCCGAAUGCAUGCUGUGUUAUUGUGGACUAUAAAUGAUUUUCCUGCCUAUGCAAUUUUGUCUGCAUGGAGCACGAAAGGCGCUUUAGCUUGUCCUUGUUGUAACACACAUACUCGUUCUCGAUAUUUGAAGAACGGAAGGAAAUUAUGUUACAUGGGGCAUCGUCGCUGGUUGAAUGGGGGUCACAAAUUUCGGAAAGCUAGUGCGUCUUUUGAUGGCACUUGUGAAUUCGAAUCAUGUCCAACUCGGUUAUCAGGGGCUAAUGUGCUACAACAACUAGGCCCUAAGUUCAAAUUGAAUUCUAAGCGUCAACAAUCUAGCAAACGGAAUAGAAAGGGGAAAGAAAAAGAGGAAAAUGAGGACUCGGGUCAUAAUUGGAAGAAGAAGAGUAUUUUCUUUGAGCUAUCAUAUUGGGAGCAUAAUUUGAUUCGCCACAAUCUUGAUGUGAUGCACAUUGAAAAGAACGUGUGUGAUAAUGUAUUGUGGACGAUAUUAAAUGUUGAUGGGAAAGGGAAGGACAAUUUAAAUACUCGUCGAGAUUUGCAAGAUAUGGGAAUUCGGAAGGCACUACAUCCUCAGAAAAGGGUUGGGAACAAAUGGUUACGCAUCCAAUAUUUCUCGUCGGGUUAA